UAUAUAUAUCACGUAAUGGCAUCUUUGCCAUUCAUGAUCACGAGAAAUCUAGAAAAUUUGAUGAAAAUGAAGGUUGAAAUCAUCUCCAGCAAGUUCAUAAAACCAUCACUCCCAACAGCCCCUACCCAUCGAAAAUACAAGCUUUCCUUCUUCAAUCAGCUCGCUCCUCCCGCCUAUCCCGGCAUCGUCUUCUUCUUCCUUUCAAAUGACAAAAACCAUGAAGUUGAAGUUGAGAAUGACAAUGUCAAGAAGCUCAAGUUAGAGAAGUCACUCUCUGAGAUCUUAACACAUUUUUAUCCGCUAGCAGGUAAGUAUGUGAAAGAGGAUCUCUUGGUUGAUUGUAACGACCAAGGGGUUGAAGUUUUUGAAGCACGAGUACAUAACAUUUCACUCGCAGAGCUCGUCCAUGGAAGACCUGAGCUGGUGGAUUCUUUUGCUCCCACUGCAAUGACCAUGGCUAGCUCGAACCCGAGUCCAGUAGCCGCCAUCCAGAUCAAUACGUUUGAGCAGGAUGGAUUUGCAGUGGGGAUGCGAAUUUCACACAAAAUCACUGAUGGGUUUACACAGGCAACAUUCAUCAAAGAAUGGGCAAUUGCUAGCAAAGAAGGGAUUGAAAAAGUAAUGUGGCCGAGUUUCGAGUUGGGUUCUCUCUUUUUCCAGCGAGAGAACUUUCUAGCCUCAAGCCGCAUCCCCGGAGGGACCAAGGGGUUAAAAAGCUUGUCACUAAGAGGUACGCCACCCAAACGCCAACCUUCAAGAGUCCUUGUGUUGACAGCCCUCAUAUGGAGGACUCUCAUCCACAUUGCUCGAGCGAAACACGGGUACUUAAGACCUUCCCUGUUGUCCCUUUCAAUGGACUUACGCGAGAGAACCGGUUUACAACCACCCAAAAACUCCUUUGGCAACCUCUUCACUCACUCGACCGCUAGAUUUAUGAUAGAGAAGAACAAGAUGGAGCUACAUGACUUCGUGUUUCUACUCAAGGAAGCAAUAAACAAGACCAGUGAGGACUACGCUUUUAAUAUCGUAAAAGCGUGGUUACAAACCACGCUUUUAAUUAAGAAGGCGUGGUUAUAAACCACGCUUUUAAUUAAAUUUGUUUUCUAUAAAAAGCGUGAUUAGGAACCACGCUUUUAAAUAAAAUUUGGUUUUUUCAAAAAACGUGGUUCAUAACCACGCUUUCACUAAAGAAAAUGUCAGAACUUGGACGAAACUGCACUCAUAAAAGGUUUCAAGGGUUGUGUAGUGUGAGCACAAGUUGGAAUGUGACAUAUGAGUAAACAAUGAAUGAACUUCACAAAUUAAGCCACCAGGCUAUGACACUUUCAUCGAUGCAUUUGUUUGUUUCAUCUGCUGGUCUGGUUGGCGAUGAACAGAGUUAGCUGACGACUUAGUCAUGUAUGCACAUCAAACUGUACAUGUUUGGUUCAAGAGAAGUAUGGAUUCUCUC